ACCGAGGCAUCAAAAUAAAUUACCUGAUGGACAACAAUUAAAGCCAAGAAACUAAAUACCUAGCACUCAGUUACAUGCUUUAGGUUGCAUGUGGGGUUGUACUACUUCGAUAUCAUCCCGCCAUCUUACUUCCCUAGGGUACCUACCUAGAGUACCUACCUAGGGUAUGUUACAUAAGAAAUCGAUAACUUUAGUUAUCUCCUACGUCGUACAUUCUUUAAAAAGAAAAUCAUAUUCCUCCCAAGUUUUUGAUCCACUUUGGGCUCACCGAUUUAUUCAAUUUUCUCCGUUUUCCUACCCCAUCUCUCAUUCCUAAUACCUCAUACUUGAAUAAACCAGGAAACACCCAUCCGAUCAGAACAGUCACUGAUAUCCGGCCAUGUCUGCCGACGACCAGCAGUUUUUGGACUUGCUCUCGUCCAUCCCGAACCAGAUCCGACGGUAUUCGGGGGACGUUGCCGAUUAUGUCGACAAGGCUGUUGACAAGGUCGCCGAAGAUCUUCGAGAUACACUAUCCUCGGCUCCUUGGGUGCCUGACUACAUACGACCGACACCUCCGGCUCGGCCGCCACCGGUCGAGAUCAUACCCUUGACCAGCUUCGAACGAGUCCAAGAUUGGAUCUCUCGCCAUAAGCUUCUUACUGGCGCGGUAGUGUUUGCUAUCGGCUAUGCUACGUACAGAACAGUACGACAUACGAAGCUGUCUCGCAAAGCCCGCCGAGCAAGGCGUGCCCGCAAUGGCGGAAGACUAGAGGUUGUCGUCAUUGCUGGCUCGCCCACGCUACCCCUCACUAAGACGUUGGCUCUAGAUAUGGAGAGGAAAGGCUUCAUCGUAUUCGUUGUCUGCAAUACAAUCGAAGACGAGGUCACCGUCCAGGGCUUCUCGCGACCGGACAUCAAGCCGUUAGGGAUUGAUAUCACCGAUCCCACGAAUGCUGGCCAAUCUAUCGAACGAUUUGCAUCCUACCUACAAGCAGCGCACGCGUCAGUUCCACGAGCCAAGGCAAAUCUCUUGGAAUUGAAGGCCGUCUUCCUGAUUCCUUCACUCAACUACCAAACAUCACCAAUAGCUACCAUUCCCCCAUCGAGCUUUGCUGAUCUGUUCAACACCCAUCUCCUACACCCUAUCCUCACCAUCCAAUCCUUCUUACCUCUACUCACGUCCCGAAUGAAGUCCUCCAGUGAUCAGCCAACAACACCCAAGGUUCUUGUCUUCACUCCCUCUAUCAUCUCAUCUAUCAAUCCGCCCUUCCACGCCCCUGAAGCAACCGUAUGUUCCGCGCUCUCCGCAUUUACCGAGGUCCUGACUGCCGAGCUGCGCCCUCUCGGCAUCCCCGUUACCCAUAUUCAACUUGGUACGUUUGACUUUGCCGGUUUCACGCCUGUACGCGGUCCCAUGCAAAUGCUACCCCCUCCCAUAGAGGCCCAGCAGUGGCCCGAAGCGGCCCGCCUAGCCUAUGCCCGGAACUACGUAUCACAGUCAGGCUCUGUCAUCUCCGCCGGUCGUAUUCGCGGCCUCCGCGGUAGCUCUUUGCGCGAUCUUCACCAUGCUGUGUUCGAUGUUGUCGACGGCUCUGAAAAGAGCGAUGUUGUGCGCGUCGGUCUAGGCGCUGGCCUGUAUGGAUUUGUGGGUCGUUGGGCGCCUAGAGGCUUGAUCGCGUGGAUGAUGGGGAUCCGAAAAGUAGAUGAAUUGAGUGCAUGGGAGACGUUAAACACCGCGAAUAGGAGCAGAAGUGGGAGUGCCGCUGGCAGCGGAAGCGGGAGUGGUAGUAGGAGUAGGAGUGGAAGUGAGAAAAGCGUGAGUAGUGAAACCGGCGAGAAUGUCGAGGGAAGCGAGUUCAUCUCUGUACCCAGUCACGAUCAUGUGUGGAGGAAGGAUGAGCUCUGAUCAAUGACUUUCUUUCCUUGCGUAAUAUUGGGCUCUGGGCAUGGGGCUGGGUAGGUGGGCAUGGGAUGGCUAGGUGGGUAGCUGGCAUGCUCGGUUUAUGAUGCUAUGAUUUGAUAUGUCAAGGUUAUGUUGUGUAUAUACGUUGGAGAGAUGAAGCCGAAAUUUUUCGACACUUGCGCCUGCACUUGGAAGAACAAACUUUGCUACUCUUAACACGAAUGGGUGGUUCCCGGGUCACCUCAAUACAAAAUGGAAAUCUCACGAUGAAUAAUUCUCUAGGUAGCUAGCAGUAAAGCUUUUUUUUUAAUGUUAUGAAAUGGUUUAUUGCUUGAUAUCUUGAACUACCUAACAAUGUCCCCGGGGUAUCUUGAGCUCGUAAACUUCCUAGAAAAGACCCCCCUAACAUAUGUAGUUGGUUAAUCCAAGGUGUUU